AUGAUUCCAUUAUAAUGCUCUUAACAUGAAUAAGAAGAAUAAAAAUAUAUUUGUGUUCAUCCCAUCUGCCUUAAAAAGGUUAAUAAUAAGUUAUGUUGCAUAUAAUGUUUUGAUUCUGAUCAUUGUAAUAAGAAAUUGAAUCAACAUAAAUUUAUGAAUAUUUCAGAAGUGGAAAAAAAGCAUUCACUAAUUCCUAUAUUUUAAAGAAGCAAUUAGAAGAAGAAAUUUUAAAAAAUUAAGACCUGUAAAACAAGUUUGAAAACAGAUUGAUGGAAGUUUUGAAUUCUAUAGUUAGUUGGUAAAACAAUCAAAAAAAAAUAUUUAAAAAUAUUGCUGAUGAUUCAAAUAGAAUACUUAUUGAAUAUUAAAUGAUGGCAACUAAUCUUGAAAAAAAUCCAUCUUUAGAUUCACUUAUAUAUUUUUACUAAUAAAAUAUAGAAGAAAAUUAAGCAGAAUACUCAAAUAUUAGAGAGCAAAUGAGAAGAUAUUUAGAUUAUUAGAUGAAGGAGAUUGAAUAAAAAAGAGAUAUCUUGAUAACUUAAAAAACUCUUUUCUAAAGAGAUAUUCUAAAAUUUAAUUAUUUAGAUAAUAAAAUUCAAUUCAAUUGUUUUGAUGAUUAAGAAUUUGAGAUAUGUUAAAAACAUUCUAAUAAAAUUAAAAUGUUAUGUACACAUCUUAAUUGUUUAUCUAAUUAACCAUUACAAUUAUUGUGCAAAAAUUGUGUUGCAGUAGAACAUUAAGAGCAUUAUACUCAAAAAUAUGUUAAAAAUAUUAGUUCAAUUCUAAAGGAAUAGGCUGAAAAAACAGAAUUAAUAGAAAAAUUAAAAAAAAAAUAUAGUUUAGAUAUCUAAGAAUAAACUGAAAAAAAUUUAUAGAAAAUUUCUGAAAAAUUAGCUAGUUUAUAUUAAAAUUUUGAAAAUUAGAAAGAUUCAAAAAACUUAAACUCCAAAUUAUAUUUUGAAUAACAUAGACUUGAACCUUCUCAAAAUUACAAAUGA